AUUUUGAGAAUUCCAAGGGUUUGGAGAAUAAGUUCUAAAGUUUCAAGUUCCAGUUUACCAAGGGGCCAUUGGAGGAUAAUCCUGCUGUUACCUUCAUUGCCUUUGGGGACUAGUUCUAGGCUCGAAAUAUAAGGUCACUCGAGUCCAAUUGAACUAAGAUGUUGGAGCUAAUUGGAAUCUUAGUACCAUUGGUACUUUUCAAUGUUGAUGUUGGAGCAGUGGAUGUUACCAGUUUGCCACCAUGUAAUUUUCCAGCAAUUUACAACUUUGGUGACUCGAACUCAGCUGCAUUACAUAAAAAUCCUGCAGCCGGACGUCUUCUCAUAGAAUACAUGGCGGAUUAUUUGAAACUGCCAUAUGUGAGUGCAUACCAAAAUUCAACUGAAACAAAAUUUCAGUAUGGCGCCAACUUUGCAAGUUCUGGUGCAUCCAUUAGGCCCCAACAUGGUCGUCCUGGUGGUAAUUUCGUCCAUCUUAAAAUUCAAGUCCAACAAUUUGGUGAGCUCAAAGCACGAAGCUCAAGCAAUCAAGGCACAAAUGGACUCUUCAAACCUGUGGAUUUCUCCAAGGCUCUUUACACUCUUGAUAUCGGUCAAAAUGAUCUUGCCAUGUCUUUUCAAGAUAAACUUGAUGUUCGAGCUCAAAUUCCAGAUGUAAUUAACCAAUUUACUACAGCAGUCAAAGUAUACAAAAGGUUACUUAUGAUGACGUACAUCGAACUCAGAGUGCAAGUCUAUGGCUUUCUAAUUGGGUGGUCAACGGCUCGUUGUCAGAGCCACCGAUUCCGAUCAAGUAUGCAUGUCGUAAGCAUGUGGGCUCAUAAUUUGUAACAAUAUGUUUAAGGAAAUAACAUUAUUAAGUUUGUACUCCAAUGUGAGGUGCUCUAUCGAAGCAACAUAUAUUGAAACUUGUUUUAACUAUUUUGUGACAA